AUGUACGGUAUUAAAACUGAUAAUAGACCAGACAUUUUUGAAAGUAGUGAAGAAACGGAAAUAGACGAAAACAAUGCUACGCUUAAGGAUUUAAAUAUGUUGUUUUCUGACAUUAUAGAAUUAUCUAAUAAAGCUGAUAUACUUUCACAUGGUGUUAGUAUGUCUUUUGGAGAAAAGCCAUUGUAUACUCUUAAUAAGACUAUUAUUACUCAUUUAGAUAUUAUUAAUGAAUUGAAAAAUGACAUUAAAAAGAUGGAAAAGAAAAACAGAUUAAUUAUAAGUAAAUUAAGAAGUGAAGAGAGUAAAGAAAAAGAAUUAGAGAAGAGAGUGAAAGAAGAGACAAAACCAAAGAGAAGAAAGACCGAAUUAUUAUAA